GCUGUCUCAUAAAAUAAUAUAUAAACCUCCCGUCCUGCCCUUCACCGUCCCGAUUCCCAUCUUCCUCUCUCUUGUUUUUGACCUCAGCAGUAUUCAGCAAAAGGAGACACAAUGAAGCGCAUCGAAACAGAAAUCAUCAUCAACGCCCCGCCAUCCAAAGUCCACGAUGUCCUUCUCGACUUUGCCAAAUACGCCGAAUGGAACGCGCUCCUCCCCUCCAUCAAAGUCUACAAAGGCGACGCCGCCGCCCCGGUCGGUUCAACCCUCGAAGUCCGACUGGCGCUCCCGGGGAAGUCGCCGAUGACAAUCUACCCGAUCGUGCGGGUGAACGACGAGCGGAAACUCGCGUGGGAGGGAGCGGUCGUGCAUUCGAUCUUGUUUUCUGGCGUGCAUGCGUUUGAGUGCGAGCCGAUCGAGGGGGGCGCGAAGACAAAGUUAUUGCAGUAUGAGGAUUUCUCGGGGUGGUUGCUGCCGGUGUUGGGGUCGAUGAUUAGUAGCGCUGAGGGCGGGUAUAACUCGAUGAACGAGGCGCUCAAGAAGCGCGUGGAGGGGAGUGUUUGAUGUGGUUUUUCUCUUUUCUUUUAUACUGUAAUAGUCUUUCUUAAUUCUUAAUGUACACUGAACUUGGCUUAUUCUACCGGCCAAGCUUGAAACACAGGAUAUCAU